GCAUUGCCGACGACUGCUGCUGCACUGUAGACCUGAUACUCAGCGCUGCAGACGCAAGCAUGGACGCCCUCAUUGCCGCUGCGGGUCCAUUGAAGGCUGGUAAAGGUGCACCACAUCAUGGUCGUCGAAAGCCUUUGACCUCGCACAAGACGGUGGAUAGAGGAUCAGAGAAAGAAUCCAUCGAUCCAUCUACAUUAUCUAUCCUCGGUUCGACUCGGCUCCCACACGCCUUCCACGAUACGCCGCAUGCCUCGGGCUCUGGAACUAGCUCCUCGACGUUACGUCCUGAUCCGUCUGUGUCCAAAAUCAAGGACAAAAAGCUGCGUGCCAAAGUCGCCCGAACGGAUGUAGCGACUCAACGAGCGAAUAGGGAACGAAACGAUGUGAAUGAAUGGUUGAAUGCGCCUUUGGGUGGGGCCGCAGGUGGUAUCGAAGUGGAUCACGAGGCUGGAGAGAGGACUUGGAGGAUAGGUCAAGGAGAGAUUGAGAGUGCUGUGGGAUUGAGCUCGAGAGGCAAGAAAUUCGACCUGAAAUUUGAUGGGCUUGGAGAAUACGUCGUGGAUUAUACGAGGAAUGGACGACACCUCGCUAUCGCUUCGAAACUUGGUCAUGUGGCUACAUUCGAUUGGCAGGCUGGAAAGCUGCAUUCAGAGAUUCAGCUCAGGGAGACCGUACGGGAUAUCAAGUUCCUUCAGUCCGAGUCCUUUUACGCCGUUGCGCAAAAGAAGUACGUCUACAUCUACGAUCAAGACGGAGUCGAACUGCACAAGUUAAAACAACAUAUUGAACCUCUUCAUCUUGAAUUCCUGCCUUAUCACUACCUGCUGGUAUCUUCUGGUCAUGCAGGGUACCUCAAGUAUCAUGACGUAUCGACAGGUACCCUCCUCACUCAGAUCCCCUCUCGACUCGGAUCACCCCCAUCCAUGACUCAGAACGCACAUUCCGGCAUCAUCCAUCUGGGUCAUACAAAUGGGACCAUGACGCUAUGGUCACCCAACAUGACGACUCCGCACGUCAAAUUAUUGGCUCAUCGUGGUCCUGUCAGCUGUAUGGCUGUGGAUCCGAGUGAGAGGAGUGCGGGAAGAUACACCGUCACGGGAGGCAUGGACGGUAUGGUCAAACUGUGGGACGGUCGCAUGUGGGGGAAAGAAGUGAAAUCGUGGCAUCUCCGGAAUCGACCGCAAACUCUGUCCUUCUCAGGUCGAGGCAUGUUGGCAAUAGGUGGUAAAGGGGGCGUCACAGUGUACAACGAUCUUCACUCUGGUUCAUCGGCCGAUUCUGUACCUGCACCAUACCUUAAUCUACCAACGCCUAGUCUCACUGCACAUUCUGCCAAAUUCUGUCCCUUUGACGAUAUACUCGCCGUGGGUCAUUCAAGAGGUAUCUCAUCACUCCUCGUACCAGGUUCAGGAGAACCAAACUUCGAUUCUGGUGAACUUGAUGUCUUUGAAUCGAGGACGAGGAGGAGAGAGAGAGAAGUCAGGGGUGUUUUGGACAAGAUUCGACCGGAACUUAUCACGCUCGAUACCGAGUUCCUCGGCAAAGUCGGAGACCAAGAUAGAGGCACGUACGAGGAGAGACAAGGAAAGAGUUAUAGGCAAUUGGGAAGAAUGGAAAGGUUGGCUUUGGCUGGCGAGGGGGGCGAGGACUCGGACGCGGUCGCGGUCGCGAAUGGUGAGACGGUUGAAGGUGUCAGUGAUGGGGACGGGAAUGCGAAUGAGAGCACUCGACCGAUCAAGAAGGACAAGGAGAGGCAUAAGGCUCGAGGUAAAGGCACAGGGAUGAAGAAGUACCUCAAGAAGAAGAGAAAGAACGUUAUUGAUCCAGCUUUGAUUGCCAUGCGGGCCAAAGUUGCUGCCCAGCGUCAAGCCGAUGAACAGAAGCGUAAGAUCGCUUCGGGAGAAGUGAAGAAAGAGACUGGAGCUUUGGCGAGAUUUGGCUGAGGAGCGGUCGGAGGGCGACUAUUCUUGAUGUAUGUAUUCUGGUGCAUGCAUUCUGCAUUGGCGAGGCUCCAGGCUGUCAUUG